GCUGCAGUGAGUGCAACGAGAUCCUGGUCGACCUGAUAUACUUCUACAAGGACGGCAACAUCUACUGCGGCAGACAUUACGCAGAUCGCAUGAAGCCCCGCUGUGCAGCCUGCGACGAGCUGAUAUUUGCGAGGGAGUACACACAGGCGGAAGACCAGAACUGGCACAUCAAGCACUUCUGCUGCUGGAACUGUGACACGCCGCUAGGGGGACAACACUACGUAGCCAAAGACAGCAAACCCUACUGCCUCGGCUGCUACGAAAACAUACUUGCCAAGAGCUGCCUGACGUGUGGUAAGAAGAUCCCGGCGAACGUGCAGCGACUCAGCCACAAGGACAUGCACUGGCACGCCACGGCCACCUGCUUUGCCUGUUCCGCGUGCAAGCAGAGCCUGCUCGAGAAACAGUUCAUGGUCAAGCAAGGUCUGAUUUUCUGCAGCGUAAAGUGCAAGCGCGAGAUGCUGAAGCACGUCACGCCUGUGUAGGGGGCGCCGGCGGCAAGUGCCGCCGCGGGAGAGUGUAUAGGGGGCAGCACUGAUGGUGAGACUCUACGUAGGGGGCGACACCGAGGGUGAGACUGCGUAGGGGGCGACACUGGCAGCAAGUCUGCAUAUAGGGGGCAGCACUGACGACGAGAAUCUACAUAGGGGGCGAACACUGGUGGCGAGUCUGCGUGUAGGGGGCGCCACCGACAGAGAGUGUAUAGGUGGCAGCACUGACGAUGAGUCGCGUCGUAGGGGGCGACACUGAUGGUAAGACUUGGGUUAGGGAGUGGCACGGUGAACAGACAUGAUGGCAAACUGUUUCGCGGGGCAGGGGAACAAGACAAGUUACUACUCAGAUGUGAGGUGGCUCUCUCAUUGUGUCUUUUAAGAGGUUUUACUAAAUGCAAUCAUAUAUAUAUUGUGGCGAAGACGGCAUCUGUGUAUAUAUUCAUGCGUGCAUGUGCAUGUCUGUGUGUGUGUGUGUACGUGCGCGUUACUAGGGUGUGUAUGUGAGUGCGUGCGUGC